AAACUAUCAAUGUAAAUUUGUUGUGUUAAAUUUCUUUCUGGUUUCAACAUGGCUGAUAAUAUCAACUUGGAGUUUACGAAUAAAUGCCAAACGGAUGAACAGCAGCAAAAGAAUGAAGAGGGAGGAGUCCAAAGUGCAUAUCUGGGAAAUGAAGAAAAGAAAGAUAGUGACGAUAGUGUAGGAAAACAAAAAGAAGACAAGGGAAAAGAUGCAUGUAGCAGCAAUGAUGACGAAUAUCAUGUGAGAGAUUUCAAUGAUUUUGAAAACAAAGCAACACCGUUUGCACACUUCAGAGUAGGGAGAAGCGGCAAGUUUUGCACUGGAGAAUAUUAUCACCACUUUAUUGUUAUAAGAAUACCCAAUAUGAGUGAUGAAACAGAUGAAUUCACAGUUGCCCAUUUUACAAGUUCUGCAGAAAUUUUAACUGAAGACAGCAGGGGAUCCGGCAAAUUUACAUGUCAGACAAUUUCAAGGGAUGAUGAUCAUACUCUGUUAGGAUAUGGUACAGCAGAAACACCAGGCUUACAUUUGAUUAAAAACCCUGAAUAUCCAAAGAAUGAUAAAGACUUAAACAACGCAUGGAAACGCCUUUAUGAACGACUUGGCGAACGAGAUUACCAACUUUCCUGGAAUAAUUGUGAGCAUGUCGUAAAGUAUAUUCUUACUGGUAAAAGUUCAUGUAAACAGGUGGAUGAGAACCGAUGUCGUGCAGAUUGUUUUAAUUUUUUGAUCGAUUCGAGGGAAGUAGGAUUAAGAGCGGCAUUACUAGUAUCAUCAUUAGGCGCUAUUGCCGGUUCAUUAGUUCGGCGUGCUUACGUCACAAUUAUUGUUGCUGCGAUCGUCAGUUAUAGUGUCGGGACGCUAGAACAGGUUCCUCAAUGUGGCAAUAAGAUAGGAGCAAAUAUAAUUGACGAAGCAGAGACAAGAAUCAAGGUAGCGGAGUCAAGACCCGGAAUUGCAGAACAAAGCAGCAAGCAGCAUCUUAAUGGAACAAAGCAGUUCUUGUAUAAUAAGUUUGUAUGUGACUUGGCAGGACAGCUCGCAGAGGAAGCUAUUUUUAAAACAUGUGGAGCUUCUCUGGUAGUAUCGGUUGCUAUGGAAACAAUUUUUCUUUAUUAUUAUGUGUUACAUAGUUUACUUCCAAAACGCAAAAACAUUCUUUGUGCUAAACAAUUUUGUCGUAUUGUGUCCUUGCACGUGUUAGGCGGAUACGGUUCAAUACUGUUAGCUGUUUUAUGCGGAUAUUUCGGUUUCUUAAAUUUGAAUCGUCCUGCAUUGGUAUAUUUUUUAAUUGUAUUUUUGUAA